AUGAUAAGGCACUGUCAAGUCCGCAUAGGCACCAAAGAGUUAGUUGCCCCCGAUAAAUUCAGCAAAAUGCUUGAGGAUAACCUGUGGGAUGAGGAAGUCUUUCACCUUGCUAGCACAGCAGUAAAGCAGCAUGCAUGUCAACGUCAACUCUCGCGAGUAAAUGAGGUAUGUCAAGAGGCUUGGCCUUCGCUCUUGCGCUCGAAUCCAAUCACCUUCUCGGGUGAUAAGAACGCCUCGUUAGUAGCUGCAGCUACGCUAGUCUCAAAACCUUCAGUAGCUGGCCUGGACUCGAUCGAAUCCGCUUCAAUCACAUCCGCAACUUCCCCACUUGCUACAACCACCAUACCCUCAGGCCCAGUUGCAACGGCUUCAGCAGCGGCUGCAGUGGCUGCAGCUUUUUUCGCCAGUAACGGGUCUCUUAUUCCCUGCGGAAGUAUGGGUCGAAGCAGCAACUCUUCAAGCAAUCUCUCAUCCCCUCUCUCGAGUCGAUCAGAGCCGCGAGACCCGAGCCCGAUUUCUUCAAAAUCGUCAUCUUUCUCUUCUAACUUCUCAACUCCCUUUUCAACUUCGUCGUCAACCACUUUUACAUCUGCAUCCUCAUUCUCUUCUGGUUCUUCUUACCAGUUGAUGACAGCAUCUUCUGUGGCCUCUUCCUCCACUUCUUCCUCGUCAAGCUUGGAAGAAGCCAAUAAUACAUCACCAACGCAUCAAUUUAAAACGAUCCUUUGUGACAAGCAGGCUUCCUUUUUGACCAGCCUUCUGCCCCAUACUCUGCAUACAGCAUCACUGCCACCCUCAGCCACCGAAUCAGUUUCUGUCCAUUCCAAUGCUCUAGAAAGCCGAGUAGGCCAGUUCGCAUCAGAUAUGGGCAAUAUGGAGAUUGAUAAUCAUGGGUCAAAUAAAAGUCUUCCCUCAACACCAACACCCUUGACGUCAAACGUCACUUCUGCCCCUUCGCUAUCUGCAAACGGGCCCCUUGAUGCGACCGCCUUGCUUCACUGGGGGUUAUCUGGAAACUCGUUUCCUCUCCGAACACGUAAUCCAGCCACCGAGGCCGCACUAUCUGCCUCCUUCUCCUCAAUAUGGCCGGUUGAUUCUGAUGAGCCGACUCUCGGCAACUCUGACAUGAGCUUCACCAGUUCCCUGUGGCAGGACUUUCACCAAAAGUUUGCUCAGUUUUAUCUGGCCAGUCUUAAUUCACAGUCAACUGGAGACAUAGAACUUCAGCUAGGCCAAGCUCUCGAAAUGGAUACGCAUGGUCCUGAAGAGCAUGUGUUUUCUUCGGCCCCAGCCAGACAAGGUAGAAAUAUGAUACAGUCUACUGUCCCCUCAAAGGUAUCGCCUUCUUCCCCCAAAGCGUUCACCUCUUCGCCUCUGUCUCCGGGCUCUCCUGUUCUUGCUGGUUGUGCCCAGUCGCCUGGACGCCAAUCCUCUGUCGCCAUGCCAACAACACUUCUUGCCUCGUCCAGUCUCAAAAUGACCGACCUGGCGUCAAAUCUACAGUCGUCGCCAUCGCUUGUUUCUUCCGGUUGCCCUCCUGAUUUACCGGCUUCUCGACUUUCACUGUCUAGCUUCUCCAUUCCCAGUCUUCUCGACGAGCUGACUCGACCCUCGGGACAAAGUAGGUCGGGUGAGGCGGUUCCCAACGGCACGGCAACUGGGCGUUCCGUAGAAUGUCAGCACCGGCACAAACUGAGACAGUCUCCAGGGCGCUACCAGUGCGAAGUCUGCUCUCGCAGCUAUUCCACCAUGACAGGACUGGCGCGACAUGCGGAUCAUUUUCACCGCAAAGAAGAUCAGCAUUCCUUGGGCCAUCCACAGGGCCGGAAGAUACAGGCCGGCCUGUUGUCCUCACCAGACGAGACAAAGAAAUCGGCAUUUUCGAACAAGUCAAUGAUGCAGAGACUGACACGUCGAAACGCGCAUGUUUUUAGCACCGGCACACCUCCAGACCCGGCGUGUGUAUCCUCAGAGGCAAGGCUUCAGGUAGACUUGGAGGCUGGAAUUGAGGUGGAAGGACAGGAGACAAAAAUGAAGCUUGGCACGAUGAGGGAAGAGGAGAAAGAUAAUCUCGAGCCGGAGGAAGAGGACGAGGAGCAGGAAGAGGAGGCUAGUGCUUCUGUGGCCACAUUCGAUUCCGAUGAAGCCGUUCACUCGCUAGACCGCCAGUACACAUGUCAUCUCUGCGCCAAGGUCUACUUCUCUAUGUCGGCUCUGAAAAUGCACAUCCGAACACACACAUUACCAUGCAAAUGCACUGUCUGUGGAAAGGCAUUCUCACGGAUGUGGUUGCUGAAUGGACACUUACGGACGCACACCGGCGAGAAGCCGUUUGCCUGUACCGUCUGUCAACGGGCCUUUGCAGAUCGGUCCAAUUUGCGAGCUCACAUGCAGACGCAUUCUGACGUGAAACGCUACCGAUGCAUCGCCUGUGGCAAGACCUUCAGCCGCAUGGGUCUGCUCACCAAACAUAAGCUGACUGCGUGCACAGCGACCAGCCUCGGGAAACCACAGACACCGGGUUCCCCGGUACAGAAUCUGUCAGGCCAUGCUCGUCAGCGUAACUCCUUCAUGCAUGCCUCUCCUCUUGACCGACCCUCCACCCCGCCCAACCUCUCAAUGGAGCACAGCUUGUAUCCACACCACAAACACCAACAUCAUCACCGCAGCCAGAGCCAGCGCCAGCAUCAUCCCCACCAGACACACCAGCAGCAGGGAAAGCGCCAACCACCAUCGCUUCAUCGCAUGGAAAGCGCAACACCAGCUAGUCCAAUUAACGAGGUCAAUGGGUUACAACUUCAUGUGGACCAAUACAGCCUGGAAGAUAUGUACUGCAGAGAGAAUCAGAGCCCCCUUGGUCUAACCAGCUCAGGUUCUCUUUCUCCGCCCAAUUUGACGAGUGCUUCAGCUGGCAGCUUAUUGACGUCCGCAAUACUAACUUAG